AUGAUUCGAGUCAUCGGAAUUGUUUCCUUCUUGAUGAUACUGUCGUGGUUCGGAGUUUGUGAGUCCUUGACAACCCAUUCAACAACAACAACAACCUUCUCUUCUUCUUCUUCACUUCAACAACAUAAUUGUCAAGCCAAUUAUCAAUUAUCCAACAACCAAUCGGCUUCUCUACAAGAGAUUUUAAGUUUGGAUCCUCUCUAUCCAUUGCAAUGGCAUUUACUGAAUACAGGUCAAGAACAAAUCCUGUGGAAUGGCGACAAGGAUCAAGGCACCAUUGGAAAUGAUGUCAAUAUAUUUCGUGUUUGGAAUGAUUAUCGAAUCGCUGGAAGAAAUGUAACCGUUGCCAUUGUCGAUGAUGGAGUGGAUUAUCCUCAUGAAGAUAUUUCUUGUGGAUUUGAGAAGAAUGAAUUGAGUGCAGACAUUAGUUCUGGACAAAAUCCAUCUCCGUAUGGAACACCUGUUCUUACCUCUGAUAAUCAUGGUACUGCUUGUGCUGGAGUAUGUUGUGGAAGAGCGAGUAAUCACAAGUGUGGAGUGGGUGCAGCUUUUGAAUCGAAUAUUGUGUCCAUUCGAACCUUGGGUGAUGAAUUUUCAGAUGCUGUGGUUGCCAAUGCCCUCUCGCACUUCAAUGAUCGAAUUCAUAUUUAUAGUAAUUCUUAUGGACCACCAGAUGAUGGAAUGACUCUCGAACGAUAUCCUCUUUCUGCACAAGCAUUGAGAAAUGGUGUGAAUCAUGGUCGAGGUGGAUUAGGAAAUAUUUAUGUUUGGGCAAGUGGAAAUGGAGCAAGUUAUGGAGACACAUCGGAUUGGGAUGAAUUGGCCAAUAGUCCAUACACGAUUUGUGUCUCUGCAACCGAUUGGAAGGGUCUUGCGAGUAGUUAUAGUGAGUCAGGAACGAGUACCUUAAUUAAUGCUCCUUCAAGUAAUUUCAUUUCGUUUGGAAGAUCCACAAGCAAAAUUGUGACCACCGAUCGAAGAGGAGAACAAGGAUAUGUCGAUGGAGAUUGUAUGAGUGAUUUUGGUGGUACUAGUUCGAGUUGUCCUCUUGCAGCAGGUGUUAUUGCACUCAUGUUACAAGCACGACCAGAAUUAACAUGGAGAGAUGUACAACAUAUUCUUGUUAAAACCUCUACAAGAACUGAUCUUUCUAAUCCACGAUGGAUUAGAAAUGGAGCUGGUCUCUAUCACUCUAUUGACUAUGGAUUUGGAAGAAUUAAUGCAUACGAGGCUGUGACUGCUGCUCAAACAUGGUCCUUAUUAACUUCUCCCUAUCAAAUCCUUAAUUACAAAAUUCCUCAAAACUCUCUUGGAAGUGAUGGAUUAACCAUUUCGAAUGAUCAAUCCAAUCCUACUCUCAUCAAUUUCCGUGUGGAUAGCAACAUUCGAGUAGAAUAUGCAAUUUUAACUCUUUCAGUGACCACCUCUCAGAGAGGAAUGGUUUAUUUUGCAUUACGUUCUCCCUCUGGAACCAUUAGUGUGAUGGGAAGAGGAAGACGCAACGAUCGUACACCCAACAUGGAUCAUCAACCAUUCACAAGUGUACAAUUUUGGAAUGAAACAAGUGCAGGAGUGUGGACCAUGUCCAUCUAUACGACCAAUGAAGGAGUUUCCCUUCUUACGGAUGCCUCUCUGACACUCCAAGGAGGAAAUGAUGGAUCCUCUCCAAUUCCAUCCUUUCCUUCUCCAUCGAAACAUGUUUCUUCAAGUGGUGGUGGUGCUACUCCUCAGCAUCCAUCCUCUUCAAAAAGUCAUAGGACAAGUGACAUUUCUCCAGGUCGGAACAUUCCUCAACAUGUACGAGUGACCAUUGUGGUCAUUAUUUUGGCAACUGUUUCUAGUGUCAUUCUUGUGGUGGUAUUUGUGUUGUAUCUCAAGAAAAAACUUUCAACCAUCACUUCUACUACUACUUCAUCUGCUCUCAAUGUGGAAGGAGAAGAACAAGUGAAUACGAUUGAAGUCACCGCUCAAGAGCAAGAAAGAAAUAGAGGCUCCUUUUAUUAUAGAAACUAA